AUGGAUUUUCUGGGCAUUAAGGGACGUUCUCCGAAAAUGCCAAAAGCUAUUUUGGCGAAAUGUCAGCCUCCGGCCCCUGGCUGGAUUAAAUCCAACAUUGACGGUUGCUCUUUUGGCAACCCAGAUCCAUCUGGUUGUGGGGUGGUAUUCCGCGAUACUCAUGGCCUGAUCAAAGGUUGUCUUGCGCAAAACUUGGGGGAUAACAACUCCGUUUACGCUGAGCUGUGGGGAGCAAUUUAUGCGCUCCGUUUAGCCUGCACAAAAGGUAUACGUAGGUUAUGGCUAGAGUGUGACUCUACUUUUGUCUUACAAGCGUUGAAAAAUCCUGAGUUAGUCCCUUGGAAGCUUUCUAUGCAUUGGAAGAAUUGUUUAAAAUUCGCUGCAUCAAUUCAGGUGAUUUAUACUCAUAUAUAUCGUGAAGGCAAUUCGGUGGCAGGUAUCUUGGCGAAGCAUGGGGCCAUGGUUGAGUCUUGUUGGUGGAUUGAACCUCCAGAGUUCAUUAGGAGGAAGGCGCUCAUUGAUAAUUCUAUUCUUCCGUUAUAUCACUUUCGUAAUAUUUAA